AUGGCCAGUCCGAAGGCUGCGAAGUCGCCCUGGGCCAUAAAUGAGCUGCUAAUCAUGGUUCUUGCUCACCUCGACAUGCGCUCGCUCGCCAGAUCAGCCUGCGUAUGCAGGCGUUGGUCCGAAAUCGCGCUCGACAUGCUGUGGCGCGACGUUGACGAUCUCAUGCAACUCCUUGCCUUAUUGGCCCCAUUCGGAAGGCCAGAAAAGUCUACCACCUUGCCUCACGGUCAGGCUUUCUACAUUCAUAAAUUCAAGAAAGCUCCCACACGAAGGGACUGGGAUAGAUUCCAACGCUACGCAUGCCGUGUGCGCAAAUUAUCAUAUGAGGAAUAUGUUCCAAGGACUCGACGCAGAUGCGUCGAUCCAAGCGCUCUGAAUCUCUUAGCAAACUGGUAUCCCACGUCCGAAAUCUUUCCUAACCUACAGUCUCUUACCUGGUGCGCGAGCACACCAGUAAUGCAGCAACUUUCAGUUGUAUUUAUGCACGCAAGGCUCAAGAGGCUCGAGAUUGGUGUAUACAAUGUUACCGCUCCCCCGCUGGCUGAAUAUUUUCAGCAGAUUAUAAGGCGGAUACCACUCCUGCCGUAUUUGGCUCUGCGCCUACCCCAGAGGUCUUCAAUACGCGAUACUGAAGAGGAUGUAGUUCGUUUCAUACGCGGACUGCGUCACCUGCAGCUCUUUGUGGCCCCCAUAUAUGGCCUCACGUCUCGCAUCGCAGCGGAACUGUCCAAGCUGCCCCACCUGGAUACGAUUUCUCUAUCUCCACCUAUCGAGCUUGGGAACGGCGACCGGACUGAUGUGUCGCAAUUCGCUCCGAUAUUGCACGACCAUGCCUUUCCUUCCUUGAAGGCUUUGUGUAUGUGCUCUCAAAUCACAUUUGCGAUACAAUUAUUCAGCGGCCGGUUCUCACCCGUCAAUAUCACCUACUUGUGUGUGCAUGUCCUCGCCGUCGUCGACCCACUUGUAGUCCAGCAGUUCUUCACCGUCAUCAAGGACCGCUGUCAUCUGCUGAGCGAGCUGCACGUCGACUUCAUGAUCCACCCCGAUUCUCCCAUAUCAGUCCUGCCUCCUCCCGUACACGAGAGGCCGAGCAUGGAGACAUUCCGUCCGCUCCUGUCCUGCCGUCGAUUGACCAGGUUCGAGUUCCGAUGGGACUACCCGCUUAAUCUGACCGACCGGGACAUGGAGGAGUUCGCGACGGGCCUACCCUACAUCGAGACGUUCAUUCUGAACUGCGACGCGAUCAUCGAGUUCUCUCUAUCCUCUCUGACGCCCAAGGCGCUGCUUCCGUUCGCGCGGCACUGCCCGCGACUGCGCAGGCUCGGGCUGUACCUCAACGCGACGGGGCUGCAGGUACCGCUGCCGACACAGCCAACGCUUGCGCAGUUCGCGCGGCUCGAGAAGCUGUACGUCGGUGUGUCCGACAUUGACCGAGUCGAGCCCGUCGUGCUUUUCCUCAGCCAGCUCUGCGCGCUCGGCUGCGAGAUCAUCGCGGGACUCCGCUGGCCGGAUGCCUUCGGCAUCACUCUCGACCGCGCGGGCAUUGUCGAUGAUCGCCGCGCGCGCAUGACACAGGCGUGCGUCCGUUGGAUGGAGCUCGGCAAAGUCCUCCCGCUCGUCAUCAAGGCGCGUAUGGACGAGAAGGCUCGCAUGGCUGCUCUCCACGGCGAGGUCGCACGCCUCACCACAUCUAGGCUGCAGGAAAAGGAACGCAGCGACCGGCUGCAGCGGGAGGUGCAGGAUCUGCGUGUGCGGCACGGACACAGAGCGUAA